AUGGCUCAAGGUUACUCUCAACAAGAAGGAAUCGACUAUGAUGAAACCUUUGCACCUGUGGCAAUACUUCAAUCCAUCAGAAUUUUACAUGCCUUUGCCACUCACAAAGGAUUCAAACUCCUUAAUACUACUCUUUGUGAAGAAUUUGCUCUUUCCAUGAAAGGCGAAUUUGAGAUGAGCAUGAUGGGAGAACUAACCUUCUUCCUUGAACUUCAAAUCAAGCAGUCUCCUAAAGGAAUUUUUAUCAGCCAAACUAAGAACACCAAGGAGCUUAUCAAAAAGUUUGGAAUGGAAAAUGCUAAGGCUAUUGUCACUCCUAUGAGUCCAACUACUGUGCUAGAUGAUGGCAGCAAUGGCAAAAUGGUUGAUAAAUCCAUGUAUAGAGGAAUGAUUGGAUCUCUACUUUAUUUAACUGCUAGUCGACCAGAUAUUAUAUUUAGUAUAUGUAAAUGUGCUAGGUUUCAGUCAGCACCUAAGGAAUCACAUUUGUCUGUUGUUAAACGCAUUAUUAGAUAUUUAAUUGGUACUACUGAAUUUGGCCUAUGGUAUGAUCAUUCUAACAAUUUUUCCUUAAGAGGCUUUUCAGAUGCUGAUUUUGCAGGAGACAAAAGUGAUAGGAAAAGUACCGGUGGGAUAUGUCAAUUACUGGAAAAUGCCCUAGUAUCUUGGCACAGCAAGAAACAAAAUUGUGUUGCUCUUUCAACAACUGAAGCAGAAUACCUAGCUGUUGGAAGUUGUUGUACACAAGUUUUAUGGAUCAUGCAUCAACUCUUUGACUAUGAUUUAUGUCUUACUGCUACUCCUAUUUUUUGCGACAACACCAGUGCUAUCUGUAUGUCUAAAAAUUUUGUGCAUCAUUCUAGAGCAAAACAUAUAGAAAUUAAACAAUAUUUUAUUUGUGAUCAUGUUGCAAAAGGUGAUAUUGCAUUAGAAUUCAUUAGCAGUGAUUCUCAACUUGCUGAUAUUUUCACUAAAGCUCUUUUAGAAGAAAGAUUUUGUAUCCUUCGAAAAAAGAUUGGCAUUCUGCCAAAUUUGUAA